AUGGAUCGCAGUCUUGAAGAGAUUAUCUCUGAGCGUCCCGCCAGAGGCGGAGGAAACCCACGCGAGGCAAGGAGACCUGCUCCUUCACGAGCGCCUCGACGCGAUGAGGGCCCGAGAGACGGUGUUCGAAAGUAUCGCCGUGAGGAGCCACAAGAGCGAGAACGGUUUCCUGAUGAACGUGCCAACAUCGACUCCGAUUGGGUACAUGACAGAUACGAAGACGACCGCUACGACAAUGCGCGCAGACGCCCUCGAGCAGAAGAGGAGCGAUACGCUCCCCGCGGAGCGCCUGCUUCCUCCGGAAGUAAAAUCAGGGUCGACAAUCUGCACUACGACCUAACCGAAGAUGACCUCAGGGAAUUGUUCGAACGCAUUGGAGCGGUCGCCUCCGUCAGUCUGCUUUAUGACCGCGCCGAUCGAUCGCAAGGAACAGCUUAUGUUGUCUACCGUACCGCUGAGCACGCCCGCCAAGCAGUGCGUGAUUUUGACGGCUGCAACGCAAAUGGGCAACCUAUUCGCCUGACCUUGAUGCCAAAUGGACCUGCUCCUGCACCCAAGGGUUCAUUGUUCGAUCGCAUCCAGGCCCCACCACGCAGCCUCUUCAAUCGGAUUCAAGGGGGUCCAGAGAGACCUUCCGAUAGCGGCGACCGGCGUAGGAGGAAUCGCAGUGAGAGCCCGCGCCGCAGUGAACGGCUAGCGCCACCAGAUGUCGAUCGCUACGUUCCCGGUGGCCGUCGGUCACGAUCUCCGAUUACACGACGAGGUACGCCACGCGAGAACGGACGACGACCCGGUCAAAAGAGAGAGGAAGGAGGUGGUGGUCGAGGUGGCCGUGGCGGACGGCGACAGCGUACGGACGAGGGUGGUCACCAGAUUGUCGGCGGUAGGCCUCGAAAGACCGCGGAGGAACUCGAUGCUGAAAUGGAAGACUACUGGGGCCAGAAAAACGGAGGUUCAGCCGACAGUGACGCCGCGGCGAACACAACAUCUACCAAGAAUGGCGGUGCCGUCAAUACCAACAGUGGAGACGUAGAUAUGGACGAGAUCCAAUGA